AUGGGGAGGGUAGGGCACGAGUCUAAAUUUAUUGAAAACAUUAUCGAAGAGAUUUCAGUACAAGUAUUAAAUCGUACCUAUUUGAAUGUGGCUAAGUAUCCUGUUGGAAUAGAGUCUCGUUCACGAGAUAUAUAUCAACUUUUUGGCGUUGGAGUAGAUGAUGUUCGCACGAUAGGUAUAUGUGGGAUUGCUGGAAUAGGCAAGUCAACAAUAGCCAAAGCAGUUUAUAAUUCAAUUGUCCAUACGUUUGAAGUUGGCUAUUUUUUGGAGAAUAUUCAAGACAAUUCAACAACACAUGGAGGGCCAAUCCAACCACAAGAGAUUUUUCCAUAUGAGAUUUUAGGGGGAAAGCAGAUGGAGGUCACCAAUGUUGAUGAACGAAUCAGCAUGAUAAGGGAAAUGUUGAGACACAAAAGGGUUCUCUUGAUUCUUGAUGAUGUGAAUCAAAUGGACGAGUUAAGCAAAUUAAUUGGAGGCUCUGAAUGGUUGGGCUUGGGUAGUAGAAUUAUCAUGACAACAAGAGAUAAACAUCUACUAACUUCUCAUCAAGUUAACCUUAUAUACGAGGUUAAGGAAUUAGAUUUUGAUGAAGCAUUCGAGCUCUUUAGUUGGAAUGCUUUCCGAAGAAGUAAACCUCCGGAUGAUUUUGCCAAACUCACAAUUACAAUAGUAAACUAUGCUCAGGGGCUUCCAUUAGGUCUCAUAAUUUUAGGAUCACUUCUAUGUGGUAAAACUAUAGAUCAAUGGAACACAAUUUUCGAUGGUUAUAAAAGAGCACCUAACUUGAAGAUUCAAGAAAUUCUUAAAAUAAGUUAUAAUGCACUGGAAGACUCAGUCAAAGAAGUAUUUCUUGACAUUGCAUGUUUCUUAAAUGGUAAAGAUAAGAACUAUGUGAUAAAAAUGUUGGAUAGUUGCCACUUCGACCCGGAAUAUGGUAUUGAAGUACUCAGAGAAAAGUCUCUGAUAUAUAUUAAUGAAAAUCAUGUUCAGAUGAUUGACUUGUUAGAAGAAAUGGGCAAAGAUAUAGUUCGUCAAGACUCUCUAUUAAAGCCUGAAAACCGUAGUAGAUUAUGGUUCUACAAGGAUGUUAACCAUGUUCUAAUGGAAAACACUGAUACAAAUAGACUGAAUUCAUUGAAAGACAUCGUGAUCAAGAUGCCCAGACCAAAUGAUUUAUACUUGUCUGCUAAAAGUUUCUCAAAGGCUACUUCAGCGGAUUGGGCCUUUUUACUCGUUGGUCUCUUCCUAGAGAUUUCUUCAGUAUUCGUUGACCAGGAAUCAUCUCCAAGUAAGCCCUUGUAUGCUUUCGUUGGUAUGCUAUUAGCAAUUGCAGCUCUACUCACUUGCAUAUGUGAGCUCAUUCACAAGGGUAUAAAGGAAAGAGUAGUGCUGAGGCGUUGUGGAAUGUUAUGGUGGUUUCAUUAUCCCCGUUCCCGUUAUGUACUUUUUGGUACCCUUCCCAAUUGUUUCGGAUUAGUUGGUGGCAUCUUUCAGUGCAUUUGCUCGACGAUUCAGUAUGUUUACUACAUUCGGUAUGGGAUGAGACCAUUGAACAAAAUGAUUAAGCAGAUUGCGAGAAAGCAAGAGAUGGUUCUUAAAGGAAAUGUUACUAUUGAAAGGAGUGAUAAGAGCUAA